CCUAUCAAGGGAGGACCGAGUAUCGGGAGGCCAAGGAAAGGAGGCGAGUGAAGGACUUCCCCGUGGGGAGGGAGCUGGAGCUGCCGAGAUUCGGGAGGCCGCGCUGGGCCUGUUGAGCUAGACGUCCAAGCGCGUCGGAGAGUUCAGUCAUGUCUACACAAGCGGUGAUGCGCGCCCUGCGCAAGAACAAGACCCUUCGCUACGGAGUCCCCAUGCUGGUGCUGAUUGUUGGAGGUUCUUUUGGUCUUCGUGAGUUUUCACAAAUCCGCUACGAUGCUGUGAAAAUUAAAAUUGAUCCUGAAUUAGAAAAAAAGCUGAAAAUGAAUAAAGUGUCAUUGGAAUCAGAGUAUGAGAAAAUAAAGGAUUCCACUUUUGAUGACUGGAAGAAUAUUCGAGGACCCAGGCCUUGGGAAGAUCCUGACCUCCUCCAAGGACGAAAUCCAGAAAUCCUUAAGACUAAGACUAAAACAACCUAAGUGGAUUCUUUCUUUCUUUCUUUUUUUCUUUUUGACAAAAAUGCCAUCCACUGGAAUUCUUGCUACAUAUUCAGUGGGAAGAAAAUCUCAGACCUGCAGAAGCCUGGAUGCGAGCAAUGUGAUGACAGAUACUUUUGAUAAAAGUCAAAGUAACAUCACACAGUGAUUUUAUGUCAAACCUAUGUAGAAAAACAAUACUGAUCACAGGCUGAUAAGAGUUUUGGUUUUGCUUAUAAUACUACUAAUCAGUCUCCAAAGUCUUAACCUGAUGAUUGCAUUGAUACCAUUAGAACAUGUUAAGAAAAUACCUCUCCAGACUGAGAGAAAAUAUUUGUCGACCACAUAUCUGCUAAAAGACUCAUAUCUAGAAUACAUAAAGAGCUCCAAAAACUCAAUUGUAAAAAAGCAAACAAUCCAAUCAGAAAAUGGUCAAAAGUCAUAAAGUGACAUUUCUCUGAACAGGGUAUAUGAAUGGCAAACAGGCACCUGAAAAGAAUGAUUGACAUCACUAGUCAUUAGGGAAAUACAAAUUUAGACUACACUGAGAAAUCACUACACAUUUAUUAGAACAGCUAAAAUAAAAAAGGGGCAAUUCCAAAUGCUGGCAAAGAUGUGGAGAAACUAGAUCUCAAACACAUUGCUGGUAUAAUGUAAAAUGGUACAAGUGGUCUGGAAAAUUCUUUGGCAGUUUCUUUAAAAACUGCAUAGGGGACUUCAGUUUCCGGUCCAACAGAUAGCAACCUUGGAAGUCACACCUCCCAUCCUCACACAAAGGAUAAGCUGAAAAAACUGAAAAUCAACAACUAUUCUUUGAUCCAUGAGAGAAUUGAGGACACAGAACAAAACCACCACUGGAAAAUUUGAGACACGCAAAUACAGAGGAUCACAGGUUACCUGGAGGAGAAACUACCUGGAAGCCACAUCAGGUAGGAAUGCUUAAAGGGCAAUUGCCUAAUUACUGGAGACUGAGCAUGGACUAAUUUGAGUUAAAAACUCCUAGAGACCAGGCCAGGGGCACACUUUUAUGAGGUUUACUUCCUGGGGCCCCACCAGGUUCUUGCAGUGAAUAGUAGAGGAAAAUCUUGUCGUUUCAGUAGGGGGAGGAAAAAUUAACUAUUCUGAAAUAUGUCCCCUAAAUUUUGUUCUCUUUAACAAAAGCCUGGCCUCAAAGGAGAUUUUUGCUAGAGACUAAUCACACUGGAUUUUACCAGAGUCUAACCAACUCUAGGGUAAGGGAAAUACCCGACAUCAGCCCCUUCUAGCCUUCCUGUUCACCUAAAUGGGGUGAGGAUGUGGGGAGGAAGACUGAAAAGUAGUUGUGAAGGUCAUGUGGGACCACGAUGACUAGAAGACUGAGACCUAAUCAUAAGAUUAUAGAAUGUUCCCCUUCCCCUUCACAUUACCACCACAUCCCUAAAGGCUCUUCACUGGAGUUUCUUUUACCCAGUCCAACUGGAUAUCAUGUCCAACUUUCAACGAAGAAACUACAAGGCAUUCUAAAAUACAAAAGGCACAGUUUGAAAAGGCCAAGCAUUAUAAUCAGAUUCAUAUAUGGUAGGAAUAUUGGAUUUAUCAUGUCGAUACUUUAAAAUAACUAUAAUUAAGAUGUUUAGAGUUCUGAUGGAAAAAAAUACACAACAUGCAAGAACAGAUGGGUACUGUAAGCAGUGAGAUGGAAGUUUUAAGAAUUAAAGGGAAAUUCUAGAAAUCAAAAACCGUGUAACAGAAAUGCCUUUGAUGGGGUCAUCAAUAGAAUAGACAUGACUAAAGAAAAAAAAAAAA